GGGAAGUGUGAAAGAAAUUCACUCUGUACAAUUUCGUGCGGGGGAGAAAGGGAGAGGGUGGACUUGAAAGUGUGCAUCUCCAGGAAAGUGGAAACCGAUAGCCCGAUAACGGAGUUGCCCCGGUCUUCUGCCGAGUUCUCCAUUCGACAUCCCGACGCCGUUGCAGAGCGUAUCAACCGGGGAGUCUUGCCAUUCACGCAGUAGCGGGUCAUAGAAUGAGAUGAGAAAACGGAUUUGAGGAUCUCCCCGCUCCGUUGUUAUAUGUCCAGACGUGCGUUCUUCUUCGCGAAGAUUUGAAAUUUUCAACGUGUUUCACGACGUCCUCGACGGCGGUCCUCCUAGAAAGGUCUAUCGGACAAUAUAGCUUUGUCUGUACCGAAGUCUUUCUCUUCAGAGGUUUUAUCAGGAAAGGGAGCCUGGGUGGCUUCUCGCCAGCAACAGUCAGAAUGAGUGCGCUUCGGAUAGGUCGCGUCUCUCUCCAGGCUAAAGAUCAUACCACCACCUUCUCGAGAGGCAUAAAAAGCAAGGCGCGUCGACAAACACAGUCAACCUCCAAAACCAGUCCACCACAGAGGCAGACACCCCCUAAAUCCGAACUCCAGCGUUUCCAAGAACGCAUUCGCGCGGAGAAGGAUGCCAAGCAAAGAAAAACCUAUCAUGGCAUCUCGCCACGCGUACUCACCUUCCUGGGCAUCACAGCCUUGACCAUCAGUACCUACACGGGCUAUCUGUACGCGUCAUACACGCGCGAGGUCAGCAAAGCGCAAUCCAUCGACGUCCCGACCGACGUCUCAGAUCGGUACAACUCGACCGCGCCGACCUUUGACGCCGAGGUUGAAUUGUCUGAGAAAGCUAUGCGCAUGGGUACUAAGCGCGCUGAGCUCGUUCGUAUGGCGCGUGGUGAUGUACUGGAGGUGAGCUGCGGUACGGGCCGGAAUUUGGAGUACUACGAGCUAGGCGAGCGGCGUGGGGUUGACGCGGAAGGAAAGAGUGCGAUCAAGGGUUGUCGUACUUUGACUUUGGUGGAUUUGAGUCCGCAGAUGGUGGCUAUCACGGAGGAGAAGUUUCGACGGUUGAGGCCGGAGUUUACGCGGGUGCUUUUUCGUGCACAGGAUGCGGCAAAGGUUGCCGUUGAGAAGCCUGUGGCUACGAUUAAGACGUCUAAGGAUGUUGGUGAUGGGCCUGGAGCUCGUGAGGAUCGGUAUUAUGAUACCAUCGUGCAGACUAUGGGGUUAUGCUCGAUGCCGGACCCCGUGGCGACGUUGAAGCAUUUGGGUUCAAUUACGGAGCCUAGUCGUGGUCGCAUCUUGCUUCUGGAGCAUGGGCGUUCUUAUUAUGGGUGGCUGAACCGGAUUUUGGAUAAUCUGGCGCCGGCACAUGCGGAUCGCCAUGGGUGUUGGUGGAACCGGGAUAUUGGGGCUAUUGUCAAGGAGAGUGGGUUGGAGGUGGUGGAGGAGAAGCGGUGGCAUUUUGGAACAACUUGGAAGUAUGUUCUACGGCCAAGGCAGGACCAAGCGAGAGGGGAAUAAUUUGGAGAUAUACAGGUGCCGGGUGAACUGCUUUCCGGCGAUGUUGUGUAUGAUCUGUGGUUGUAUAUAUUUGAGGAUCUGUAAGACUAAACUCUGAUAUGUUUGAGACUGAAACAUAAGUCUCUGGCUGUUUUCAAU